AUGGCAUUGUCUGCGCAGCACCAGCGGUGUUCCGCCGGUCAACGGUGGAAUGCCUGGACAGCGUUGAUGCUUGUGCUGGUGGCCUUGAGUUCCUGGGUCCCAGUUUCCAAUGCCUCGAUACGAUCCCCACGACAUCUGCAUCGCCGAGAAGCAAUUGCCAAUGGUUUUGAUUUAAGGGUGCUUCCCAUAGGAGAUUCCAUCACUUGGGGCGCCCAGAGCUCAGAUAGCAAUGGCUACCGCAAGUAUCUCUGGGACAGGCUAGCCCAGCUAGAGAAUAAACUCGACUUUGUUGGGAGAAGAGCUGAUAACGUCGGUAUGUCUGACCCAGACCACGAAGGACACCGAGGCAAGGUCAUCGACGAGAUCUCAGAACUGGCUAGUAUUGGGAUAAGCGCAGCCCCCAAUAUCGUUCUCCUCCAUGCUGGAACCAAUGACAUGAACAAGGGCCUUGACACUGGAAAUGCCCCUGCACGCCUCAAGAAGCUGAUCGACAAGAUCUUGAAGGUGUCCCCCAAAGCCGUCAUUUUGGUGUGUCAGCUAGUUCCGUCAACCAAAGCCCAGACAACGCAACCACGCAUCGAAGUUUUCAAUGCUGCUAUCCCCGGCCUUGUGAGUGAUCUCAGGUCGGAGGGGAAGAAGGCGCUUGUGGUUUCCAUGAACGAGGCCGUCCAGCUUUCCGACAUUGCCGAUGACCUACACCCCAACGACAGGGGCUAUCAGAAAAUGGCGAACGAAUUCUAUGAUGCCGUUCAACAGGCUUCUCGCAUGGGUUGGAUAUCCGAGCCGGGCACUCCAGUAACCCCAACGGGAUCAACCCCGGCGACCCGGUGCCAACCAACCCCAUCGUGGACCAAUGUUGGCACCAUCGCGGCUGGCGCCAAGGUGGCUUAUGCUGAUCCCUCGUUCAGGCAAGGAUGGGCCUCCAGGGGUGUUGUACAUGACGGUGACUGCCCUCGUGAUCGUCUUCACUUUAUGGAUCUUGAUGGCGAUGGCUUAAAGGACUAUGCCUGCGUUGACGCAGACACUGGAAAGACAAAGGUCAUGCUUAAUAUCGCAGGCAGCAAUGGCAACUGGUCGGGUGGCUGGGGAGAAGCAAAGACUAUUGCCUCGGGGAACAAGGGCCGUCUCGGCUCAGGGGUCAGGUUUGCCGAUCUCAACGGAGAUGGCAGAGAUGACUACAUCUACGUCCACCCAGUCACGGGUGAUAUUACCGCAUGGAUCAACAGAGGUGAAGGUAGCGGUGGUGUGCCAUGGCAGUGGCAGUCUCUCGGCAUGAUUGCUGAUGGAAUCGGGGCAACAAACAAGAAUCUCCAGUUUGUGGACCUCAAUGGUGAUCACCGAGCCGAUCUCUGCCUCGUCAACCAAGACAGCGGCGAAGUGAAGGCCUGGAUCAACAACGGGGCCAGCAUCACGCCUGACUGGUAUAGGCUUGACACCAUCGUGACGGGAGCCUCCAAGGCCCCAGCCGAUUCCGUCAUCCUUGCCGACUUCACCGGCGAAGGCAGGGCCGACUACAUGAUGGUUGGCGCCGAUGGCAAGGUGGCUGGGUUCAUCAACCGUCUACGAGAGGAGACGAUACUGCCGAGGUGGUUGGGGCCUAUGGUGGUCGCCGAUGGACCGGCCGAUACUGAGCGAGACGAGGUUCGACUGGUUGACAUCACUGGCGACGGUAAAGCCGACUACCUGCGUAUUGAGAAGAAGAGCGGAAAAGUUGCGCUGUGGGAGAAUAUGAGCAUAGGCGGCAAGUAUCAGCCUGGAGAAGGAGUCUUUCUCUGCGACCUGGAUGGUGAUGGUGCAAAAGAUUAUUUCUGGGUCGAUCACGAAGGCUCAGGCUGGGGCUACCUGAACAAGGGGAAAGGAUCCAACGUCUGGGACGACUUGGGCCAGAUCAUGAAGAACAACCCUCAUGACAGAGAGUCGAUCCGGAUGGGAGUCUUGACAAAGAGCGGCCGCGCAGACUACAUUGUCGUCGAUAAGGACAAAGGACAGGCCUGGUUCUGGCAGAAUCUGGGUCCAAAGGCCGGCUGGUCUUGGGGCGGUCAGUCAGAGUGUGCCGCAGGCCCCAAGGAAACCCUCAAGAAGAAAUUUGGAUGGGAAGAGUUCUAUCCACGAAAUGUGCGCUUUGCUGACUUGGACGGAGACGGCCUUGAUGACUAUAUCUACAUGAACAACUAUGGAGCUACCGUGUGGUGGAAGAACCUGGGCACUCUGCCGAUUACCUGGGGGCCUGCCACGUUGGUUGCUGACGGACCAGCAGGGGUUAUUCCUCAAGAUGUUCACUUCGCCGAUACUAAUGGUGACGGCAAACUGGACUACGUUGCCGUCGGCCGAGUGAACGGGCAAACGCGGACCUGGCAUCACCUGGGCUGGCGCGAUGAUGGCUCGAUUCGAUGGAACACGCCGCUGAGCUUCGCCGAGAGAACCGGCUCUACUGGAUCUGCCAUCAGGAUUGCCGACAUGACGGGAGAUGGACGUGCCGACUACGUGUCCGUGGACCCAAACAACGGGCGACUCAACCUUUGGCACAAUCGCUGCUGGCCGCUUGAAUCUUCCGGCGACGGAUCCUCCGGGGGAUCUGACCAAGUUACCUGGAGAGACAUUGACUGCACAAGUCCUGGUGCUAACAAUGCAACUUUUGAACCUUCCUUCCGCUGGAACACACUCCGUUGCUCCGAGGCCUGGGAAGACGCCCUGGACCAUUGGAGGGCACGCAGGGGAAACACCAACUACAACUUUAGUAUCAUCAUCAGCGACUACUUCCAUGCGAACGAUCUCAAGAACUGUGGUAAUAUGAUGGAAGAAACAACUGCUAUGAGACCCAUUGGGGUCUUCGCCAAGACCUUCGCCCCGCCUGAGAGGAAGGAUGGCGUAGGCCUGUAUGUCAUCCUUGACAUCGUUGCCAUGGGCUAUGCCGGUAUCAUGGCGCCUUUUUGGAACCGCUGGGCCCGGAACCUGGACUGGUCGAAGCGCAACUCGGAUGACUUUGACACAGUCAAGGAUCUCGUCAACGACAUGUCAUACUAG